UUCGGUCCUUCAAUUUAUUUGUCUCCAAGUAAACAACCCUUCAAAUGACAGUUCAAUUGUGGAGAAGGGAACAGAACAUUAAGUGAAUGAAUUUCAAUAUGACAAGAUCAAGGGUCCUUCUCUGUUUCUUGAUCCUGUGCUCAAGUCUUCUCAUCCCAGGCCAUUGUCACCGGUCGUUGCCUAAAAAACAUGUUGCACUAUUUAUCUUCGGUGAUUCACUAUUUGAUGCUGGCAAUAAUAACUACAUCAACACCACUACCCAUUCUCAGGCAAAUUUCUGGCCAUACGGUGAAUCCUUCUUCAAAUACCCAACUGGGAGAUUUUCUGAUGGGCGUUUGAUAUCGGAUUUCAUAGCUGAGCGUGCAGGAUUACCAUUUAUACCAACAUUUUUGCCAUCCUACAACGAUAAAUUUGUUUAUGGGGUGAACUUUGCAUCCGCAGGAGGUGGUGCUCUAGUUAUGAAACGUAUUCGAGCUAUUAUGAAUAAGGUGAUAGACCUUCAAAACUCAGCUGAGUUACUUCAAGAUUGCGGAGAAGCAGUGAAGCAAAAACUAGUGAUGCAGAAGCCAAAACAUUGUUGGGCAACGCAGAGAUAUAAGACAGGAGGAAGGAAAUUUGGGCUUUCAGCUUGGAGCUUCGGGUUGUUCACCAGCUGGAGGGCACUUGUAAAUGGAAGCUCAGGAUCCUGCUUGGAGACUCCUCGUUCAGAGUUAGCAAAACUACACAACAUAGAAUCUAUAAAGCCCUGGAGGAGUUUCAGGAGGGCUAUGACGGCAUGCUGUGGCAGUGGACCGUACAGAGGAAUAUCAAGCUGUGGGGGGAAGAGAGGGAUAGAAGAGUAUGAAUUAUGUGACAUCCUGCGGAAUAUUUCUACUUUGACUCUGGUCAUGCCACCGAAAGGGCAUACAAGCUAUUUGCAGAACUAA